CGCGGUUCCAUCGCCGCGCGACGCCCAGGAAACCACCGCACAUCGACCGAACGAUGCGCUCGCUCCGUGAGCUCGCCCGCUUCGCCAGCAAGGUCACCGCCGCCUACCCCACCGCCGCCGGUUCCCUCGCCAGCGGCAACUCCUCCAUCGCCCCCGCCGCCUCCCUCCUCCAGCGCAGGGUUGGCAUCACCAUGUCCGCGCCCGCCGCCGUCGACGUGGACGCCUACAAGGUCGGCGACUCCACCAACAUCAAGUGGCACGAGGGAUCCGUGGACACCGCCACCCGCGAGAAGGCCAUGAACCAGAAGGGAUGCGUCCUCUGGUUCACCGGUCUCUCCGGCUCCGGCAAGUCCACCGUGGCGUACACCCUCGAGCACGCGCUCUUCCAGCGCGGCAAGGUGGCGCAGGUGCUCGACGGCGACAACAUCCGCCACGGACUCAACUCCAACCUCGGAUUCUCAGCCGAGGACCGCGAGGAGAACAUUCGACGCAUUGGGGAGGUCUCCAAGCUCUUCGCGGACUCCGGCAUGAUCACGCUCGUGUCGUUCAUCUCCCCGUACCGCAAGGAUCGCGAUCAGGUUCGCGCCCGCGUCGGCGACAAGUUCGUGGAGGUUUACAUGAAGAUCCCGCUGGAGGUUUGCGAGCAGCGCGACCCCAAGGGGCUGUACAAGGCUGCGAGGGCGGGUAAGAUCAAGGGCUUCACCGGCAUCGACGACCCGUACGAGGAGCCCCUCGACGCGGAGAUCGUCAUGGAGGUUGCGAAGGAGGGCGGCGACGGGACCUUGGCGCCGCCGGAAAAGAUGGCGGCGGCGAUCAUCGAGAUCCUCGAGCAGAAGGGAUUCCUCUCCGCGUGAGGCGCGAGGUGAGGCGCACGGGAUGGCGCGAGCCGGUAUCGAAGCUCGGCCGUCCCGCGCCGUCCCUUUGCGACCGUUCGUCGUCGAACAAAAGUCCGUCUCGCCCAACGCUUGAAUUUUUUUUAAAUCUCGAGACGAGAGCGAAAAGCGCGCUCGCCGCUACGGAUA